UCACAGUACUGUGUUCCCCUAAUCUACUUACAUAAACACAAACCUGACUUCAACAACUCUCCUCGUCCAAGUAAUCAGUAUCCCAAAUAUUCAUAAAAAAAGCAUUUUGCACAGUUAGAAUCUUGGCUUGUGAUUUCAAGUAUAAAAUUCACAGUAGAAGCCUUUUGAAGAGGUGAUAGUGACAUAUUUGUACAGAAAUAAUAGGUUUCGUACUAUACUAAAGGGGUUUUAAUUGCUUAGUAACCCUUGUUGAGAGCCCGUUAGUUUGGAUUUUUAUUUUCUUUUCAAUUUUUAAUCAACGACUUACUCAGUUGCUUUCUUUUUUGCUUUCCACUAUGCAAGUAACCGUACCAGCACCUGGAGCUGCCUCUGCUUCUGCUUCAAAGGACGAAAAUCGUAACGUUUUGCCAAAAAACGUCAAGCCAAUCCAUUAUGACCUCAGUCUCUACCCAGACUUGGAGACGUUUGCUUACGGCGGUAACGUCGCAGUCUCCUUGGAUGUAAUCGAGGAUUCUGACACGAUUACCUUGCACGGUAUUAAUCUACGCAUUCUGAGCGCUGCUUUGGAAUGGGGAAAUCAAACCAUUUGGACGAAUAACAUCACCUAUAAAGAUGAACGCAUUAUCCUUCAAUUCUCAUCUAUUGUGCCAGCAAAUGCUGUUGCGGUCUUGAAGCUUGCUUUCACUGGUGUCAUCUCCAAGGGUAUGGAAGGUUUCUAUCGUUCUAGUUACGUAGACGCCGAUGGAAACACCAAAUAUCUUGCUACCACCCAAAUGGAACCUACAAGUGCUCGUCGUGCUUUCCCAUGCUGGGAUGAGCCUGCUCUAAAGGCCACUUUUAGCAUUGACAUCACCGCGAAAUCCAACUAUACUAUUCUAAGCAAUAUGAAUAUUACUGAAGAAGUCGUCAAGGAUGACAUGAAAACUGCUCGUUUUGCUAAGACUUGUCGCAUGUCUACUUAUUUAUUGGCGUGGAUCGUUGCUGAACUUGAAUAUGUCGAGUGCUUUACUCCUGGUAAACACUGCCCUCGUUUGCCUGUUCGUGUCUACACUACUCCCGGUUUCGCCAACCAGGGCAAGUUUGCCGCUGAUUUAGGUGCUAAGACGUUAGACUUUUUUUCUGGUGUCUUCGACGAACCAUACCCCUUACCCAAGUGCGACAUGGUAGCUAUUCCCGAUUUCGAGGCUGGUGCCAUGGAAAACUGGGGUCUCGUUACUUACCGUCUCUCUGCUGUCUUGGUUUCUGAAGAUUCUGCUGCCACCGUCAUUGAGCGCGUUGCCGAAGUUGUUCAACACGAGUUGGCUCACCAAUGGUUUGGCAAUUUGGUGACCAUGCAGUUUUGGGACGGCUUAUGGCUCAACGAAGGCUUCGCUACUUGGAUGUCUUGGUUUAGCUGCCACAAUUUCUAUCCUGAAUGGAAGGUCUGGGAAUCAUAUGUCACCGACAAUCUUCAAUCCGCUCUCGCUUUGGAUGCUCUUCGCUCUAGUCAUCCCAUUGAAGUUCCCAUCAUGCACGAAUAUGAAAUUAACCAAAUUUUCGAUGCCAUUUCUUACUCCAAGGGUUCUUGCGUCAUUCGUAUGAUUAGUAAGUAUGUUGGAGAGGAUGUUUUCAUCAAAGGCAUCCAAAGAUACAUCUCCAAACAUCGCUACAAUAACACCGUCACCGAAGAUUUGUGGGGUGCCUUAUCUGAAGAAUCUGGUCAAGAUAUUUCUACCAUGAUGAAUUGCUGGACCAAAUAUACCGGUUAUCCUGUACUUAGCGUCUCAGAAACCAAAGAAGGAAAACUCCGCAUUGAGCAACAUCGAUUCUUAUCUACCGGUGAUGUUAGCCCUGAAGAGGACAAGACACUUUACUGGGUUCCCUUGAAGUUAAAGACUCUCAAGGACGGAAAGCCCACUGUGGAUGAGAAGGUUGUCUUGACAGAAAGAUCUGUUGAGCUUCCCAUUUCUCAAGAAUCUCAUGACGCUUACAAGCUCAAUUCAGAACAAUCUGGUAUCUAUCGUGUACAAUACACCGCUGAUCACUUGAAGAAACUUGCUAAGGUCGCCGUUGAAAAGCCAGAAUUUCUUAGUGUCGAAGACCGUGCUGGUUUGAUCGCUGAUGUUGCCUCCUUGUCCAGAGCUGGCUAUGGUCAUGUUAGCAGCACUCUCGAUUUGGCCAAGACUUGGAAAGAAGAACCAAGCUUUGUUGUAUUUACUGAAAUUUUAGCUCGUCUCAACGGUAUAAAGUCUACUUUGCGCUUUGAAAAGCCUGAAAUUGUUGAUGCUUUGAAAAAAUUCAUUUUGGAAAUCUCUUCCGCCAAGGCACACAAACUUGGAUGGACAUUCGACAGCUCAGAUGAUCAUAUUAGUCGCCAGUUUAAGAGCUCAGUCUUUGGCUUUGCCGGUGUCAACGGUGACGAGAAGGUUGUCUCUGACGCUCUCAAAAUGUUUGAAGCAUACGCUGCAGGAGAUCAAAAAGCUAUCAACGACAAUCUCCGCUCUUCUGUUUUCAUUAUUGCAGUCCGCCAUGGUGAGCCUAAGUGUUGGGACCAAUUGUUGGACAUAUACAAGAAGUCAAAUGACCCGUAUGUUCGCACUAAUUGCCUUAGAGCCUUUGGUUACACUGAAAACGAUGCAUACAUUGAGAAGACUCUCAAACUUGCUUUGGAUCCUAUUGUUAAAGAUCAAGAUUUGUACUUGGUUUUGUCAAGCUUGUCUGGACACAAGCGAGGUGUCCUCGCUAUGUGGAAAUUCGCAACGAGCCAUUGGGAUCAACUAUUGAAGCGACUUCCCAUUGCCGGUACCAUGCGUGGUCAUAUCGUUCGAAUCAUUACCGCAGGAUUUACUCAUAAGUCAGAUAUCGACACCAUUAAAAAGUUCUUUGCUGACCAAGAUAUCAAGCUGUAUGAACGUGCUCUUCAACAGUCUUUGGACAGCAUCUCAUCCAGCUCUAGCUUCAUUGAGAAGUCCUUGAACGACAUUAUUGAAUGGCUUAAGACGAACAAGUACCUUUAGUUCGAAGUCUGAUAAGCAAGCGAUAAUUAAAUACAAUUUUUACGAAAUAUGAAAAAUUGAUAGACAGAAAUGACUUAUUUCACUAUAAAUAAACGUUUUCUUACGGCACUUUUAGGUAAAUCAUGCUUUCACCUCCUACUUCUAAAACCUUACCGUUCACACAAACUUUCAGC